AUGGCGAUAUUCAUGUUCUUAUUGUUAGCAGCUACAGCUAAAGCCCAACCCUGUGUAGUCUUUGAAGUGACGAGUGCAAAAUAUGGUGGAAAAACUAACUAUGAUAUUACAGACUCCUUAGCACAAGCUUGGACAGAUGCUUGUGUUUCUGUAUGGUCGAGUAAACUCGUUGUUCCAAGCGGCACAUAUUGGUUAAGAGGAGCAACUUUUAUAGGUCCUUGCAAGGCUCCUAUCAAGGUGCAAAUCCAAGGAAAGUUGAAAGAUCCCGAAGAUGGCCACCAACUCGUGAACUCGGAUUUUUGGGUUGCUUUUCGGUACAUUGACAGGCUCUACUUAUCAGGUGGUGGAACUUUUGAUGGCCAAGGAGCCCUUGGUUGGAAUACUUAUCGUGCUAUUAACGUGAGGUUCGACUACAUCUCCAACUCCAUAAUUCAGGACAUAACUUCCCUUAACAGCAUAAGGUGUAACUAUCGUAGCGAGAGUUCUAAUACAGAUGGAAUCCACAUUGCAUAUUCGUGGAGGAUCAACGUAACGGAUGCAAACAUCGAAACUAGAGAUUAUUGUAUUUCUAUCGGUAAUGGCACUUCGCAACUCACAGUAACCAAUGUUAAUUGUGGACCGGGACAUGGAAUAAGCAUAGGAAGUCUUGGAAAGUAUCUUGAUGAAAAACCGGUAUAUGGCCUCAUCAUUAAGAACUGCACCCUCACGAACACAACAAACGGUGUGAGAAUCAAGACAUGGCCUAGUUCUCCCAGUGCUCGUUUUGCCUCACACAUAUACUUUGAGGAUAUUAUCAUGAAUAAUGUGAAGAACCCCAUCAUUAUAGACCAAAACUACUGCCCCAGGCAUCGUUGCAAACAACAGGCUCAGUUGAACACUAAGAUUAGUAAUGUCAGCUUCAAGAACAUUAGAGGCUCAUCUGCAUCACAAGUUGCCAUCAAUAUUGCAUGUAGUGGGAGCUUACCAUGUGAGAAUGUAGAAUUGAUAGGCAUUGAUCUAGAAUACAGUGGAGAUGGCGAUCGACCUAUUACAUCUUGA